UGAAAGAAACUGAAGCGACACUGUUAGAUAGGGGAAAUAUUUUAUUUUGUGAAAAGAUGGGCACAGAAACAGACGGCUUCGCUCUUUUUUUCUCUUUUUUAAGGUGGGGGAGCUAACCUCCCUGCUCGCUAACUCUUCCUUUUCCCAGUAGGUGGCGCGCUCCGCCAACAAGGCGGUGUCUCUGCUUGCUGAUUCCUCCCCCCUUCUUUCCUCCCCCUUUCGGAAGCCGCGCAUUGACAUGGGCCUAACGAUUCUCGGAUCGUCAUUAUUUGUAACCAUAGAGCAUGAAUUGCCUCUUGAGGUCAUCAGUGAGAAUUUACGACUGGUCAACAAAAGCACGUGAUUCCCAAACGCACCCCCACCCCACCCCCAUAUUUGGCCGCAUACAUAGCAAAAACGAAGUACAGUGCAUCGCUAUAAUUCAUUAAUACAUCAUAAAUCCUCAAGCACAGGGGUUAUAACGACCACGAGCCCCACAAAUCAAGCCCUCCAAAAUACAACCCAAAUGAGUUCUUACUUUGUAAACUCGUUCUCAGGACGCUAUCCUAAUGCCCCAGACUAUCAGCUGUUAAAUUAUGGGACCGGCAGUUCCAUGAACGGAUCUUAUAGAGAUCCAGGCAACAUGCACGCCGGCUCGUACAGUGGAUACAACUACAAUGGAAUGGAUCUCAGCAUCAGCCGUCCAACCUCCUCCUCCAGCCACUUUGGAACGGUUGGAGAGAGCUCCCGAGCCUUCCCUGCCCAAGCAGCGCCCGAAAGCAGGUUCAGACAGGCGUCUAGCUGCUCCUUGUCGUCUCCCGAGUCCCUCCCUUGCACCAGCAGCAGCAGCAACAACAACAACAACACCUCUACCAACAACAGCAGCAGCAGCAGCAGCAACAACGGCGGUGGCGGCGGCGGCGGCGGCGGCGGCAGCGGCAGCAACAACAACGGCGAGAGCCAUGGAGGCAAAGCCGCCUCGUCUUCUUCCCCGGCCGAUCUGGCCGCCGCCUCGGUCGGCACGGCCAACGCCGCCAGCUUCGCCGAGCUAGACGAGACGAGCGCGUCCUCGGGAACCGAAGACAGCAGCUCCCAAGUCAACAGCAACAGCGCCCGGGCUCAGGGAGACCCCAUCGCCACCUCCACGCCAGCCCCAGAAGGACAGAGCCCACAGAUAUUCCCUUGGAUGCGAAAACUUCAUAUUAGCCAUGAUAUGACUGGACCGGAUGGUAAACGAGCCCGAACGGCGUACACUCGCUACCAGACCCUGGAACUGGAGAAGGAGUUUCAUUUUAACCGCUACCUCACCCGUAGAAGGCGAAUAGAAAUAGCCCACGCGUUAUGUCUCUCCGAAAGACAGAUAAAAAUCUGGUUUCAAAACAGGCGAAUGAAGUGGAAGAAAGAUAACAAACUCAAAAGUAUGAGUUUAGCUUCUGGUGGUAGUGCUUUCCAACCCUAAUUUAAAUCAAGGAGGAAUCUUAGGAAAUAGAAAGCAGGCUGGCGGGGCGGGGGGGGGGGGAGAGAAAGAAGGAAAGAGAAUAAGAAAGUUUAAACACAAACCAAGAAGCAGCCAGGUUGUCUUUUUGUUUUGGGUUUUUUUUUUAAAGUUUGGAGUACUGUAAAGUAAAGCACUUUCCAUUCAGCAUGCUAUUGUUUUUUUUAAAAAAAUAUUAUUGUUAUUAUUGAACAACUUCCGUGGUACUAUUAUUCCAGGACUGUGUCUUUUGCUGAAAUCCUCCCCUUAAAUUAAAAUAUUAAUAAUAAAUAUUUCCAGAGGCUUCUUUAAUGCUUUAGGUGUUCUAAAUGUUUUGUGUCUGUGCUAUGAUGAUGCUUUCUGGAAGAAGUUAGCAUGUUUAUUUUUAUUUUUAAUGUGAGCUCUUUAAAUGUUAUAACUUAUUUAUAAACUGCUGUGGAAAAAGAAGGUUGGGUUCAUCAAAAGUUUGGGGCUUUGAGGGGUUGGCCAUCCUGCUCCUUUUCCUUCUGCUGGAGUGGAUAGUAUCCUGCAACUUCAGUGGCAGGGGAAAUUAAAACAUCAAACACAACGAUUUAAAAAAACCUAUAUAUAUAUAUAAGCUCAUGUAUCUUUCUGUCUUUGAAAUUGUCAAGUCUGUGAUUUGGUUCAGAUUUGCUGGCCUUGUUUUGAUCGUAGGCCAGUUCUGAAAGUUUUUCUUUUUUGUAAAAAUAAAUGUGAGUGAAGUUCACUUUAAAAGGGUAUACGAUUGGACCAACCAUAGUAUGUUGAAAAUGUUUGUAAAUAUUAGAAAUAUUUCUGCAGUGACUAAUAGGAAGUUUUAGUGGGCAGGGUGAAUUCAGUGUUCUGUGUGUCUGAAACGGCAUUUGUCAUGUCUAGCUGCCUGUUCUCAUCUUUGCCAAGAAGCUUUUCGUACCCGUUUGUAGCCUUAACUUGAAGUCAAAUAAACAUUUCUCCUGG